AUGAAUAAUUCCUUCGUGAUGACGCGUCAUGCGAAGCCCAUGAUGAGAAGAUCGGAAAAGUUUAGAGUGUUCUCUAUGGUACUCUUCUUGUUAUUAUUGGCAGUGGCUGCAAUGAUGAGAGGCGAUGUUGUGGAGGCUAUCUUACAAAGUGAAGCAAAUACGUAUGAUUGGAUGAAGGAAAAUAUUGGAAGAGUCAUGUCGGUGGAGUCUGGAUUUUCUAACAAGGCGUUAAUAGUGGUCGCUAGUAAUAUGGGUGUUUUGGCUGGAUUAAAUGUGAGAACAGGAGAAUUGAUGUGGAGAAGAGUAUUUAGUGAAGACGAAUCGAUUGAAAACAUUUACUCAGCAGGUUUUGAUAAGAUUGUUUCUUUGUCUAUUAAUCAAAGCUCUAACAAGAGGUAUAUCAAAUUAUGGAGUGCGUUGGAUGGAUCUUUAAUAUUUGACCGAGUAUCAGAAUCUAAUUUCAAUGAUGCCUUGGCAAUAUCUGGACUUUUAGUCAUUUCCACUGGAAAUUCUCUCUUUUCUAAAGAUUUAAAGAAUGGCGCUGAAAAGUGGAAGAUAACAUCAAAAGAUGAAAGUGUUUUUACAAAGCUUUUUUAUGCUGGACAACAGUUAAAUGUCGUCCAAAUUGGAUCUGCUGACUCUGGUAAGAAGCCAGUGGUGAUACAGAGUGUAAAUAUUGAAAACGGUGCUCUGACCACCCAAAAAACAUUUCAAGUUGAUAUUGAUGACAUUUCCCAGCUCAACCUUUCUGCAAAUAAUGAGAAAGUAUGCUUUAAGACUUCUUCUAAGAUUUCUUGCUUGGCGUUGAACUCAGGAGAUAUUAAGGAAGAAACAAUCAGCGAGGAGCAAGCACAUUCAAAACUCAUUUUGUAUCAAAACAGCUUCUAUUUUGAGAAUGAGUUUGGAGUUAAAACAACGAAGGAGGGACAAAAGCACAUUUCAUCUCCAAUAUUGCAAUUAGAUGGUGUCUCAUAUUUUGCUACUGUGGAUAGCCAAGAUACAGAGUCAGCUUCUGUGUCUGUUAAAAAGGCUUCUGGAGAGACUGUAGCUCAAUUUAAGCUUGACCUUUCUCGUAGUAACCACGGAGAUAUCCAAAGAAUUUUCUUGCAAGUCUUCAAGAAUCAAGAAGCAAAUAACCAAUUAAUUUAUAGGUUCAUUGUGAUUUGUGAGGACGAAUCAAUGAUAGGUUACAAAGAAAACCAAAAGGUUUGGACAAGAGAAGAAGCCCUUGCAUCUGUAGAUGAUAUCAAGUUUGUAGAAUUUCCAGUUCAUCACACCUUGAAAGCUGAAAGUAGUGCUCCUUCAUUUGUCAAUAGAUUACUUUUACAAUUAGAUCAAUUGACAGAAAUGAUUCAAAAGGCGACAUCUUAUGUCAACCAAUUUCUAGGCAAGAACAAUUACGACGCCACCAAAGGUGAAGAUGAAAGCCUAAAAUUUGUUCAAGACAGACUUGGAUUCCAAAAACUAUUGCUUGUCAAAACCAAGAUAGGAAAGCUCUUUGGCUUGCACUCUUCGGAUGGGCACAUUGUCUGGUCUCUCUUUGUACCACUAAUUGUUAAGACCGAGAUUGACACCAAGGAUGUUAAAACUCACUUAUUUAUUACUAAGGAGCAAGUACUCAAGGAUGACGUUAAAUUAAGAUCAGAGGCUACCCUAUUCAUAGUUGGAAAGUCAAGAUCAGUUGCUCUUGUACUUGAUGCUUUAAAUGGAAAACAACUUUCAAAAACUUUACUUGGUUUCUCGUUUAGCAACGUGGUAUUAAUUCCUACCACUACCGCAGGAAGAGUAUAUCCACUUCUUUUAAUUGAUGAAGAGUAUAAUGUCAAAGUUUUCCCAGAAACUAGCGAUGUUGUGAAGGUUGUAAAAUCCUUCCCACUCAGUAUUCAUUUUCAUACUAGAAACGUCAAAGAAGGCAAAUUAUAUGGCUAUGCAUGGAACGUAAACGAAACCAAAGCUUCGCAGACAUGGUCCAUUUCGCUUGGCACACCAAUUGUAUCCUUUGCUUCCCCACCUUCAUUAUUGAAUCAACAUAUUUAUACUGGUAUCAUUGUAACCGCGUCUGGUAAUGUAAUGUAUAAGUAUUUGAACCCAGGAAUGUUUGCAGUGGCAACCAUAGAAAAAGAAAGUGCCACAGCAGAAUAUCCAGUUCUUCGUGUUUAUAUUAUUGAUGGAACAACUGGAGAAAUUUUAUAUCAAAUUCAUCAUGAAGAUGCUUCUGGCCCUAUUAAUAUGGUAAUGGAUGAAAACACUCUCCUUUAUCACUAUACUAAUGCAAGACAAUUGAGAUAUGAAUUGACAUCGCUGGAAUUAUUUAAUAAUGGAACAGAAUUCCAAAAGAAGGAUUUCUUAUCAAUUCUUAUGGAAAAGUUUUCAGCAUCAAAAGAAAGUGGUGUCUUUUCAUCUUUUGGAUACAGCAAACCAACGGUGAAAAAGAAUAGCUACAUUUUCUCUUAUGGUAUUAAAUCCAUUGGUAUUACAAAGACAACUAUUGGAGUCACAAACAAGCAAUACAUUGUCUCCAUGACCAAUGACCAAGUCUACCUUCUCGAUAAAAAAUUGGUGGAUGCCCGUAGACCAAGAAAUCCAGCUCUUGCUCCAGAUGAAAUUGCUGAGGGCUUAAUGCCUUACAAUCCAUACAUUCCAUAUGUGUCACUCAAUGUUGCAAAUUAUGGCAAGCCUGCCCAUAGAAUACGACUUAUUCAAACAAGCCCAUCGAUUCUUGAAUCAACAACCCUAAUGCUCUCAUCAGGUUUGGACAUUUUCUUCACAAGAUUGUCACCCUCUAAGAAGUUUGACAUUUUGAAUGAGGACUUUAAUCAUGCCAUGCUUAUUCUGUCAACAUCUGGUCUUUUAGUUCUUGUAUUUGUUGCUCGUUGGUUAGUCAAUAAGAAGGAUCUCCAACUCAAAUGGAGCAUGUAA